CCCGCACUCCCGCCCGCGGAUCGCUCUCCCGGAGCGCGCUCUAGCCGCCGCGGCCGCCGCCAACAUGGCCGAGACGAGCGAGGAGGUGGCGGUGCUGGUGCAGCGGGUAGUGAAGGACAUCACCAAUGCCUUCAGGAGGAACCCGCACAUAGAUGAAAUUGGCCUGAUUCCAUGUCCUGAAGCAAGGUAUAACCGGAGUCCCAUAGUACUGGUUGAAAACAAACUCGGAGUGGAGAGCUGGUGUGUCAAGUUUCUUUUACCGUACGUCCACAACAAACUCCUUUUGUACAGGACAAGAAAGCAGUGGCUGAACAAAGAUGAAUUGAUAGAUGUCACGUGUACUCUGCUGCUUCUAAACCCAGAUUUUACCACGGCAUGGAAUGUGAGGAAAGAAUUGAUCCUCUCUGGUACCUUAAAUCCAAUUAAAGACUUACAUCUGGGAAAACUGGCCUUAACAAAAUUUCCAAAGAGCCCGGAAACAUGGAUUCACAGGCGAUGGGUGCUACAACAGCUAAUUCAGGAAGCUUCCUUGCCUUCCUUUGUAACCAAAGGAAACUCAGGAACAAUUCCUGCAGAGAGGACACAGCGACUAAUACAGGAAGAGAUGGAGGUCUGUGGUGAAGCAGCAGGGAGAUACCCAAGCAACUACAAUGCCUGGUCUCAUCGCAUCUGGGUUUUACAGCACCUGGCUAAACUGGAUGCCAAGAUUCUUCUUGAUGAACUGUCUUCUACUAAACAUUGGGCAUCUAUGCACGUUUCAGACCACAGUGGAUUUCACUACCGCCAGUUUUUGUUAAAGUCUUUGAUUAGCCAAACUGUGAUAGACGAUUGUGUAUUGGAGCAGAACCCUUUGAGAAGUGAGUCAGCACUGGGUCUUCCAAAAGAUGAAGAAGAAGCAGCUUCAACAGAGGAACCAAGUAUAAAUCUUUCCCAUCUUCUGGAAAAGGAAGUGGAAUUCAGCACUGAUCUUAUUGAUUCCUACCCAGGACAUGAAACCCUGUGGUGUCAUAGGCGGCAUAUUUUCUAUCUUCAGCAUCACUUCAGUAGCAGGCUUCCUCACAGCAUGACACAGGUGUCACCUGCAGACAGCCCUGGGGAGACACUGAGUGACUUACACCUCGUCCCUGGAGGCCCCCAUCUGUCUCAAGCAAUGGAAGUGGAUGGACUGAACGACUGUAGCAAGCAAGGCUAUUCCCAGGAAACCAAACGCCUGAAGCGGACCCCAGCUACAGACUCUUUGGGCCUAGAAAUGGAGCACAGGUUUAUUGAUCAAGUGUUAUCCACUUGCCGGAAUGUAGAACAAGCCAGGUAUGCCAAUGCAUACAGGAAAUGGCUGGUGACUUUGAGUCAAUGAAAGAGGAGGAUUAAUCCCACAGGGUUCCCCUUUUAGUGCAAUAUUGCUUUCCUGUCUCAUUGACAUAGUUGCAUGAACUUUGCUAUGAAGCUGACUGUGUUCCUCUCCUUUAGGUUAAAGGUCCAUAGGAAAUCUUCUAUUUAUUUUAAGAAUUGGCAUUCCUUUGGGGGUAAAGUAAUUACAUAAUUUCUUCCUGCUAAAUAGUCUUAUUUUUUUUCUUUUUUUACUCCUCAUCCUUUGUAUAUGUGGGGCUUCUCAUUUGAUUCACAAGUAUCUCUGCCCACUUCAGUUCAAUUGCUACGUAUGCAAAUUUUGUUAAGAAUUUAUGUUGUGUUUCAGCUGAAGAACAUUAAUACAACUACAGAAGGACUUGAUCUUACUGUUGUUUUGAAAAUCAAAUGGCUAGAUUAAUGGAUAUAGGGAAAUAUAAACCAAUUCUCCAUCUCUAGCAUGUUCUAUUCAAGUUACAGACUUAAGAUAACCAAAGUCAAAAGUAUUGGAACUUACAUCAAAAACUGCCUCCAAUAUAAUCCAUUUUUUAGAUAGUUACCUUAAAGGAGGGGUGUAUAUAAUUGCAGUACUGGAAAAUUAAUUUUAUUACUAUUUUUAAUAGAUUGUUUUUACCUCAUAUUUGGUAUAUACCAAAACAGUCAAGUCAGCCCUUAUAAAAUAAAUUUGUUUUUUAAAUCCCAGAAUGCCAUUUUUAGUUAUUACUGCCUUUUUCCUUCCAUAAUCACUCAUAUAAAGUGAAAAAUACAUAUAGAAAUGUAUUAGUAAAAAAAUUUCCUUAAUUUAAGUUAUUGAGGUUAUACUGGAUAAAUUACAAAAUUUUUGUCAAGUGCUUAUUAAAAAGUUUGUUGGCAAAAGCUGGGGGGAAAGAACAAUUUUAGAGAUUAGCUCUUUGAUUUUAAAAAUGAAACAAAACACUUUGAAACAGAAUUUUGUCAGGGUUGCCAUGCCAAAGUAUCGCAUUGUAAGCUCUAUUUUAUCUUUUCAAUAACAAGGGCUCAGUUUUUCAGGUCGGCAGUGUAGGGGUGGAAGAAGGGUCAGGUCAUGUCUGUGUCAUGCUUUUCCCUCCUGUAUAAAAUGGUGUGUUUCUUCUUUCUACAUGCCUUUCUCUUUAUUUUGCCAAUUCCAUGGUUUUGUCACUUUCACAUUUGUAUAUUUUCUUCUUCCUUCUGUCUUAAUAUCAGGAACACCUACUGAAGCUGUUAACCCCCUCUAUUGAAUGAAUUUCAUGCAUCUACACACACACACACACACACACACACACACACACACACGCACAGUUGCAGAGGAAAUUGAAAUAAGAGCUGCCCCCUCUAAAAGUUUCUGUAAGAAUAGAAGCUGUCUCUUGUCGUACGUGGGUGUAAAUUUAAAUAAUAAUUAUAGCAGUAAGUGUGACUACCAGUCUUUCUCUAUUUUCCUAAUCUGUGCAGUGGGAGGAAGGAUAUAGGGAAAGGCAAGCCCUUCCUGUCUCAUUCUCAUGGCAGGUCUGGACUUGAGUCAGGUGCACUGCUUUAAGGGAAAAGAAACAGGUUCUUUAUUUCAGCAUCAUGGUUUUUUGAAUGGCAGACUGUUGAACUGAGUGGCACACUUAAGAACAGCAGAAAAAUUACCUAGCCUGGUCCCAAUAGACAGGUGUUCCUCUUCUUUCUUAGGGCAAAAAAUACUUGUCAUAAACUGAGAAAAUAAUUGCCAUUGUGAACAUAAUUCCAUGGCCCUAUGUACAAAGCAUAUUAUGAAUCAGAUAUCUCAUUUGUAGACCUGUGGAUAAAAUCAUAUUUAUGAUUUUCAGCUCCUGUGGGGGUUGGGUAGAAACUACCCGGAAAAGACAUGGGAGGUUCCAUCCAUUCCAGUAGUACAUGUUGCCACAGUCUGGCCUUACUCAGUAUUACCUUUUUUCUAAGCAUCAUUUUUAGUAUCCCAAACAAUAGGGCUUCUUAUACUUUGACCUGAGUACCUAUUGGGGCAUGAUUACAGAUAAUAUUAUAUGAGCAUUAGCUAAAUGUUUGUGAUACUCCAUGCCUUUGUAUACCUUUCGUUCAGUAUCUCUCAGUGUCUUGCCCGUCUCUCAUGUUAACUGCCUUCAUAUCUUCUGAAGCGCAACCCACCACUUUCUGAAGCCAUGCGGUCCUUUAAUGUCCUUGGUCUCUUCGUCUUCCAAAUAAAGUUUUAAGUAGGGAGUAAAAAAGUACAAAUAUCCAAAGGAUACUGUUAGUAUGUGACUUUUGUGUGCCACUUUAUUUCUCAAAUACGUAUUUCUUGAGUGUUCAUUCACAAGAAAACUUACGAUUGCCCCAUAUGGUUAUGGUUUUUUUCUUAAGUGCUUGACAUUUAAACCCACUAACAUAAUAAUAUAUCUUUGACUAAAUGAGUUCAUGCAGUAAAAUGAAUAUGUCUAUUUUCAAGGGCUCAUUAGUUUUAUUUUUCUGAAAAUAUGUAAGAUUGACACGUUUUCAUCGAAUACUACUGAUAAGCAAAAAGCAAUAAGAUCUGUAACUACGCCCACCAUAACCCUUGCCCUACCUUUUUUUAUUUUUUAAGUAUAUCUACGUUGGCAAUGAAUUAUUUCCAUGUCCUACUGUGUGCCUGGCACACUACGAGGAGUUAGUAGGUACUUAUUGAUGACUGAUUAUCUGAAGAAAGGAAAGAUUAGUCAUGAGUGGUAGGAAGAAUGAUGAUUGAGAAGAAUAAGUGGGUUGUGGUAAAUGAUGUCUUGUAGCUUCAUAAUGUUUAGGGAGAACUAUCACAUCUAGAAUAAGUUAAUUUAGAUUUGUUCUUUUCAUUUCAUUACCUUAUUUUAACUUGUUAAAUCUCAGCCAAGAAAUGUAGCUCUAGAUUUAUCAGUUGAACUUUUGUAUUUAUUAAAAGCUCACAGAGCAGAUGAAAGUCACCUGCACUAAGAAUGCUGCUUUCUGCUCACUUAUGAUGGUGAAAGCCACUUUGGGCAGAGAGUGAAGAAAUUCUUUGAGUUUAGUGACUUAGCCUCCAACCUGAACUGCGGACCUUUUAGAUACUGCCUAACCCUGUGUGAGUCAUUUUUUAAGAUUAAAGACUUGAUACGUAGCAAUAUAUCCCCUAUUACCUCCUCAGAAACUCUGGGCCCAGAUUUCAGUCUUAUUUCUUACUUCUAUGAGAUGGUUCUAAUUUAAGUUAAAAGCUUCAAUCUUUUUUUUUUUUUUGCAGUGCUAGGGAUUGUACCCUUCUUCAUUAAUUAUUACUAGGGAUUAAUGUAUACAAAUUGUCACUAAAAGCCACUUAUAUCUUCAAAUAAGGCCUCAUGUGACAUCAGUUGUGGAAACAAAAAUUUGGGGGUUUUAUGGAAAGCAGCAUAUAUAGUAAACAUGGUGUAAUUUAGAUAUAUUCAGCUACCAGUUCAUGCUGUGUAUGUGUGUGUGUGUGAGAGAGAGAGAAACUUGUAAUAUUGCUACAAAUCGUCAGUCUUAGAAUUUUCCUUUAUAUAGCACAAAAUGAUACCUGACAAUGGGCUAAAUGCAGUUUAAAAGUGGAAUUACCAAUUACUGUAUAAUGGUCUCUACUCUAGUUCCUUUGAAUUAUGGACAAUGCUAACAUUUUAAUUGUAAAAGGAAGUAACAGGAUCUUUUUCUUUUUUUUUGCAAAAAACCCUUUUCAAUUUACUGUUAUUUUGUUACUAGAAAACUAUAUUUUGAUACUUUAAGAUAUUUACAGUAUGCUAAGAAAUUUGAACAACACUGUAACAACUGGACCUUUCUGCCUUUUGAAUGAGUUCCUCAAAUAGAAUCACAAACUGUAGCAGUUUUUGUGCUAUUGCUGCCCAUGCUCUGUAAUGAACUUCUUUGUAUUAGUUAGAGACCUUUAUGGAGGCGCUGAAAAAUUCAGGCAAGUUCAGUGUCACUAAGGCCGUGAGCAGGAAAAAUAAACCCCAAUAACUUUACUUCCACCACAUGGUGUCUUUCAUAAAAUAGCUGUACUUACUGUGUUAACUUGAGUGCCUUUCUUAACUUUUAAGAGAAGCAAGAAAUUAUUAUAUUACAGUGAAUUUAAUGUUUAAAUAGAAAUCAGAGUAUGAAAGUUUUAUCAAAUAUCUGAUUAUGGUUCAUUAUUUAUUCCCAUAGCUAGGCAUGGUCCCGUGGGGUAUUUUAUCAUAUGAUACACUAAUUGAAGAAGGUAGGAUCCUAAUACCCUGUAUUUAAUUAGCAAAUGUUUUUAGGCAUCAUACCAAGUAGUUAUUUCUCUCAGACAACCAACAUUUUGGGGUUUAGAGGCAUCACAUUAGAGGGUGAUAACAUGCACAAUUAAAGACAGCCUGAAACCUAUACAGCGUGUGUUCAAAGGGAAACUGACACCCUGCCUCAAAAUAAAGAUCAGAUGGUUGUCCUAAAUGAAUCCUUUGCCUUACUUUAAGGAGCUUCCUUCCUUUCCAGAUUCAGCACGAUAUAGGAUAGUUGCGGGGGGGGGGGGGUUAGGGUUAUGCCUUUUUUUCAGAUAUGAGAAAAAGUAAACACUGAGAUAAAUUUUUAAAUGUGUCAUUUUAUAUAUUUGUGUAUGAGGGAGAGGGAUAGGAAUUUCGUAUUUCACAACAGCAAAUAAUUCCUUGUUGUAAUUUCAUAAAAAUAUAGUUAAGAUUCCAAAGUGCUUUACAGAAUUUUCUUAAAUAUGUAUUCCUAAAGGGCAGUGAUACGCUGUGCUCACAGUAAAGACGAAACCAGUGUAUCCGUUGUAGCUCUGGUACGGGAGGGGAGACCUCAGGCUCCCAAUUUUGUCUCUCUACUCGUACCAGGCCAUGGGAGCACUGUAAAACCAAACUCUUUGCUAAAAAUAUAUCAUGUAAGGCAGUAGCUUAGUCUGCUGGUCAAACAUUGUGCUUCCAAGAAUAGUAGCUAUAUAUAGUUUUUGCUUUAUGGACAAUAGUAGGAUCCACAAAGCUAACCCUGAUAUUUCUUUGAUUGGUCUGUUGUUAUUCCUCAGGGUGUAAAAGAUGUAGUCAAUUUAGAACAAAAUUUUAUAUUUAGUGGCAAAAAAAGAAAAAGCAAAAAUAAGUUAAAUAUAUUACUAGGUCUUAACAUUUUAAUAUAUAUAUACUAUUUUUUAUAAACCACUACCAGCAUAGUAGCUAGUAGAUGCUCUAUGACUGCCUCAUUGUUCACCUUGCUGCUUUAGACCCUAUGGCUCAUUUCGGAUCAUUAUCUCAUGUGUGUCUUCCAUGGGAAUGACUUCCGUAUUAUUUUUCCAUGUUGGGAGGUAGGCAAGAUCAUGUUUAUUUAUUUGACAUCCUUCUCAAUUUUCAGAAAUCCUACUGAGGAAAAUGAUUACUGUUGGUUUUCAAUUUGACUACUGUUUUGCUUCCUAGACUUCUGUUUCCCUGAGAGUUUUAUGUGCAAGUCUUGUACAUGUUGAACACAUUGCGUAAAUGCCUUGCAUGGUGUAGGCUCAAGUCAGAAUAGAUACAAGCUAGAGAGGAAAAACUAGUUCUGUCUCAUCAUGGUCUGCAUUCUUUUGGUGGUUUCAAGUGAAAUGCACCCAUUUUACAUGAAAUAUAAAAGCAGAUUCAAAUACACAAGGUAAAGAUACACAGUUCCACAACAUUGCAAGUGAAAUUCAGAUGCUUCUAAGAUAGCAAAAUUAAGAUACGUGUAUCUGUGCACACACAUACCACAUUUGGAGUUUGAAUUUAUAUGAUGAUUUUUACAAAGAAUUUUAUCCAGAGAAUUUUUAUUUUUGUAUUUGUUUAGUGUUCAUAAGUCAGUUUUCUUUACUAGGCCAACUGCGCCCCCGCCCCUCGGGCAAAGUUGGAAGUGUAACACGAGUACCAGUUUGCCCUGAUUAGAUAGUUGUAUAAACUGCUUAUAUUAAGUCUUUAGUGGUUUAUACAUCGUAUCAUUCUGGUUUUUAUUCCUUUUAUUCAGGGAAUCAACCUUUAUUUUAUGUCUGCCAAUCACUUUCCUUAAAGUACUGUGCAGCAUACAUUAGAUUAUUUAUGUUUAUAAAGUGAUAGAUAAUGCAUUUGAUUAUUUUUUUAUGUCAGAAGGAUUUAUAAUUUCACAUGUCCAAAUGUUGACUCAAACAGCAUUCUAUCAGAAAUGCUCGUACAUGUCCUUCUUCAUCAAAGCCAUGCAUUUGGAGCAGAUAUUUUUUUCUUAUUUGUUAAAGAAUGAAUAUAGACAGAGUACAAUCAUGGUAGGUGUUCAGUAAAUAACUGAAUAUUGAUCUAAUAUCUAACAGUGAGUUUUCAGCAGUUUCAGAGACCAUGAUCAUCUUUUCACUGAGAAGUAUAUUGUAGAGUAAUAUAUAUGAGCAACUGAAAAAUUAUUUCACUUGACAUGAAUUACUAGGGUUUUUAGGCUAGAGUUAGUAACAUAUAAUUAAAAUACUUUAUGUACAUGGUUUGAAAACAGGAGAUGUAAAAAAUUUAAGUUGUAUCUUCCUGUGUAAGGCACAUUACUAAAUGUGAUGAAAUGAAUGUCUUAAAAAACAGGCAACUGAACUCUUAAGAAAAACUGCUGUAGUCUUCUGCAGUUUCUGUAUUGGUAUGCCCUGUACCAUCUAGUUUAGGUUAUUUUUAUUUCUCCCUAAAUCCUCGUUGCUUUCCAGUGUCGUGGUAAUGGUAAAAUGCAAAGGUAUGUUAAAUAACUUUCUACUUACUUAUUUCCCAAGACAUCUUUAAUACAAGGAAGAAGUUUUUAUGAAUAAUACAGUACUACAGUUUCAUUACCUGUUCCCUUGUGGCUUUUACAGCAAUGUUGUCAGUUUACCUAAUAUAAAAAGAUUAAACAGUUUUUGGAAACAUUCCUACCUGAGCUAUGAGGAACCAGUUGUACAGUAUGAGUAUAAUUAGACACUGGCUUAGUGGGAGGGCUGGAUGCAUGACUGAUGCUGGCUUUUGACUGAAGUGACCACUGUGAGUAUUAUAUUUGGUACAUUAUGUUCAAGGAGAAUAAUGGACUGUAUACUAGAUUCACUUACUGUUUUUGAGUUGGAAAGAUGAGGCAUUAUAGAUACGCCAAAUAUUUAGGUACUCUUCUAUAAAAUCGUAAAAAAGAAAGAAAAAAAGGAAGAAGAGAGGGAGAAAAAGGGCAAAAACUAGUAAUGAUAUCUUUAAUAUCUUCUAAAUUUUUUUUAAUCCAAGUAUCUUGGACACGUAGUCUCUUGCUUAUUAGUUCAGCAGUAAGAAACUUAAAGGUCAUAAAUUGGAGUCAAUGCCAUUUUAAGAUUGUCUUGUAGAUUUUCUUCAAAUAGACUGGUUGUAUAUAUGAUCUGUGAUGCAGGUCAAAUCCCAGAAAUUAAAGAUUAGUUUCAUCAGGGAUGUAGCUCAGUGGCACACUGCCUGCCUGGCAAGCUUGAGGCCCUGAGUUCAAUUCAAAGUACCCAAAAAAAAGAUUAGUUUCACUAACCUGUUUUAACAGUGGUACUAAUUGUCUUCACUGAGUGCACUGCUGCAUUUCUUAAAUCUGUUUUCCCCCAGUAUAGUAGCAGUUUGCAUUGAAGUUCUUUCAUAGUAAUUGACAUUUUCUAAGGAUUACAUAUUUUGUGAAAUCUUCAAAUUGCAGAGGCAUAAGAAGAAUAAAUUUUGCAGUACAUUUUGUGCAGAGUGCACUUACAGUGUUCUGGGAGUAAUACCCCAGAGUGCCCGAAUAGUGAUGGUAAAUUCUAAGGCCAAUAUAAUGACUAUGUAUUACCCAUAGCUGUACUGUUCAAUAGGAAUAUAAUGUGACCCACAAAGUAAUUUUUAAUAUUGUUAUCAUGAUAAAAAAGAUUAUAUUUAUUUCAACAUGCAGUCAUUGUAAAACUAUUAAUUCGAUAUCUUACCUUCUGUUGUUCCUGUAUGCAAAAUUUCACAUAUAUUUUGUAAUCCCAGCACAUCUCAGUUCUGAAUGGCUACGUUCAGGUACUCAGCAGCCCUGUGUGGCUUGGGACUACGAUACAGGACAGUGCAGGUUGUAGAGAAUACGAUGCAUGACUUUGUUUUAAAUUUGGAGGUGAGAAGCAUGAGAUUAUGGCAUUUAAAAAAAUUUCAGAGUGUUUAGAAAAGCAUUUAAUAGAAUUACCACUUGUUUUCCUUCCUCUUAAAGUUACUCUAAAAAUAAGAACCUGUUCUAGUUUGCCAAACAUUUUUUAAGGUGGAAGAAAUUCUAUGCCAUGUAAAAUACCAUGAGAACAACAUAUUAGUAACAGUUUUCAGUUGUAUUUACUAAAUUCUGUCCUGUUUCUUCAAAAUAACAGUUUAACUUGCAUGUUAAUUGUAUAUCUGUACCUAUUUUGUUUUUGUAUUCUUAUAUAAUGUGUAUUAACCAACAGCGCUAGGAUUCUAAACUUUCUAUGCAGUUGUUUUCCAGUAGUUACUGGUAUACUUAUUACAUGAUGAUAAAUGGCAGAUAAAUAGAAUGAACCAUUUUUUUCUCCAUUAGAUUUACUUUUAACAUGUGACCGUGUACCAAGCCAGCUAUAAGUUACUGUAUUUGUAUGAAUAGGAAAAAGUGUUUGUCUUAUCUUUGCUAAUUGUCUGCAAUUUUUAAGUAAACUUUUAAUCUCCUAAAA